AUGCACUGGAGCAACCCCGGAAGCGCCGCCAACCAGCCGCUAUCUUUGCAACUGUCCACUGGAAAGUUCACUACCUCGUCUAGUACAGGUAGAAAGGUGUCCACUGGAAAGGAGUUCUCUCACUGCCACCUGCAUCAACCAGAGUUGGAAAAAAUAUCCCCCUCGCCGCCCGCUGCCACGCCGCCUCUCCCACAAAUGGCCUCCCCCGGUCGCAUUGCCUCCCCCGCUGCACCCAGAGACACAAACGCAGGGGAACAACACACGUCGGCUCCCCGCCCUCUUCUCGUACACCGAGACAGAAAAAAAAUCACACACACACACACACCCUUGGUGUUUUUGCACGACGAUGAAAUGGCAGCAGUAAUCGGCGACUUCGUAACCGACCUCUCACGAUUUCACACCAUGAUUACCAGCUCCUCGUCGCUUCAACGCAAGUCGCCCCGCUCCCACGAGCCUCCUCACUACCAACAGUCGCCAGGCCGCGCGCGACAACGGUCGACCUCUUCGUCCGCCGCCGCCGCCGCCGCCGCGCCACACCACUCACCUUCAUCCCGACUCACUUCGUCCUCGUCGGCUCGCAGAGACUCGGAUUCCCUGCACCGCGCGUCCAGGGCUUCUGCCUCUCCCGCCACUGCCGCUCGCACCACACAGUUUUCUCCUUCCUCACGCCCCAGGCCCGCCAGGUUUCCCUCACCCCCACCGUCCUCGUCCCCCGCCGCCGCCAUCCAACCGCCGCCCCCGGCAGAUGACCAACAUUUGGCGUCUAUGGAGGCCAUCAAGAGAGAUGACGUCUCCGCGACCCAAUUCCACCCUUCUGCUCUAGCCGCCGACCCCCGACAGCAGCCCUCACCGCCCUCGGACGACUAUCGCAUCGAGGCCUCGUCUGCCGGCCCGGCUGCUGCCCAACGCUCUGCCGGUCCCCUGGCGCCUCCCCUCGGUGCUCCCACUGCGCAGACCAUUGUCCACGUCCGCGAUCUCGCUCACAUCACCAUCCUCGUCCAGGAGGGCAGCCUCGGCACCGCCUCCGCCGGCCCGACCGGUCUGACCCAGUACGAGAUUAGUGCCAUGCCCAUAAACGACGUCAUUGACAUGGUCGCCGCUCUGCUCACCAAAAUCACCACGGCCAACGAUCUGCAGCACGACGCGAUGCAGCGCAAUGUCACCCACCAGCAGCAAGCCAACCAGAACCACGAUUCCUCGGGCUCCCACAUGAGCUCUCUUAGCCACUCCGUCCUUGCUUUUCACGGCAAGAACGUCCCCGCCAUUUCCAUCCUCAGCUAUCUUGGCAGAAUACACAAGUACUGCCCAACCACCUACGAAGUGUUUUUGAGCUUGCUCGUGUACUUUGACCGCAUGACAGAGCGUGUCAAUGACAGAGUCCAGACCGAGUGCGCCCGCCAAACGGCCGCCUCCCAGUCGCAACCAUAUCCCGCCCACUCGCGCUCUGCCUCGCGGCAGGUGGACACGACCAUGCGCGAUAGCACCACGCUCACUGUCGAUAACUCGGACGAGACGGACUCUGAUCUGGCCGACGAUGACGACCCGGACGAUGCCAUGGUGAACUCGCCAACGGCGCGGCAAGCCGGCUCCAAGCCGUUUGCCGCGGACCAUCCUCUUGCCAGCCCGGCCACCUAUUUUGUUGUCGACAGCUUCAACAUUCAUCGCCUUAUAAUCUCAGGCGUCACCUGCGCGAGCAAAUUCUUUUCGGAUGUCUUUUACACCAACUCGAGAUAUGCCAAGGUUGGUGGUCUGCCACUUGCCGAACUCAACCACCUGGAGCUCCAAUUCCUCAUCCUCAACGACUUUCGACUGGCCAUCCCUGUCGAGGAGCUUGAGGGCUACGCCACCACGCUGGUGGAAUUUUACGCGCGCGAAGUCGUGGCCAAGGGCGUGGGCAUUAAAUAG